AACGGUUUUUUACUGACCUCUGCUGGCUAACAGCAGAAUUGCAAGUAUUCAACUGUGCUGAACUGGUCAAAAGCUGCUCCUGUCAACAAAGGGGAACAAAGUGGUCCUAAAUGAAUCAGAUCCUAGGAUGGAGUCGAGUGGAAAAUCUUCAGUGGCGGAGAUGGUGGUUUUAGCCACCAGCUCUGCACUCACUGCCGUGUUUUAUUCCAUUUACAGAAGCAGAGCUAAAGCUGCUACUCGUUUAAAGGAAGCUAAAAAAGUCUCAAUUGAUCAGGAUUUAAAAGCCAUCCUGUCUGAAACCCCUGGAAGAUGCAUCCCAUAUGCCGUCAUAGAAGGUUUGGUGAGAUCAGUGAAGGACACUCUGAACAGCCAGUUUGUUGAUGACUGCAAAGGAGUCAUUGAGAGGCUGACUCUGAAAGAGGAGAAGAUGGUGUGGAAUCGCACCACUCACUUAUGGAAUAGCACAGAGAAAGUCAUCCACCAGCGCACCAACACCGUCCCGUUCGCGCUCGGGUCUUACGACGAAAACAUCUCCACCACGGUGCGGGUUAUGCGUCCCUUAGACGCGGCAGAGCUGGACCUGGAGACCACCUACGAGAACUUCCACCCCACAAACCAGUCCCUGUUCAACUUCGUCAGCCAAUUCAUCAGCGGAGAGCAGCCCAAAGGGAUCCACGAAUUGGAAGAGAUGCUGCGCUUGGGCGACAGCGUGACGGGCGUGGGCGAGCUGGUGCUGGACAACGACCUGAUUAAGCUGCAGCCGCCCAAGCAGGGCUUUUGUUACUUCCUCACCCGGCAGAACUACGAGUUCCUGCUAAGGAAACAGGUGAAUGCCGGGAAGGUGUGGAGGAUCCUGUCCUACGUGUUCGGGCUUGCCGCCUGUACCACGCUCCUCUACAUGCUGUGGAAGUGGUACGUUCGCUGCCGGGAGAGUAAGAAGCGGCGGCGUGUCAUGGAGGAGUUCAAGGAGCAGCAGAAGAGGCUCAUGCGUGAGCUCCAGAUAGAAGAGAGCAGUGUCCUCCCCACCAGCUGCGUCGUGUGUCUGAGCCGCGAACGCUCUUUAGUGUUUUUGGAGUGCGGUCACGUGUGUGCCUGCGGCCCCUGCCACAAGGCCCUGCCGGAGCCAAAGAAAUGCCCCAUCUGCAGGGUGACAAUCGACAGAGUGGUGCCUCUUUACAACAGCUAAAUUCGCAGUUUGUCUGAAUUUCUCAGGCUCGAAAAGGGCGCUUUACACGAGCAACGAUGGUGACAACUCACCUACGCUGAACUGCAGUCGAAUGUUGAAAUCAAAUUUGUCAGCUAAUUCGUAUUGAUUAAAAAAUGGUGUCAUCUGGAGAGAGAAAAUUGAAGCUCUUUGCGCUCAGGCUUACAAAUAUUGAUCCGAUUCUUGGCCUCACUUCCACAACAACCUGUUAAAAGCAGCAUAGAGGACUUUACACUGGAGGGACUUUACUCUUGUAGUCAUUAAAGCCUUAUGUUAGGUCAGCACCUCUCACUCUUUUACUCUCGUUAAAGUUACUGUGAUACUGACUAUUUUGGAUGUCAUCUUCAUAAACGUUCACUCAACUCUUUUUAAGUUGGGAAAAAUUACUGUUUGCGGGAAACGCAAAAAUGUAAGUUGUAGUAACAUGGUUCCUUCAACUAGUCCUGGUUGAAGUGCUUUAGUCUUUACUGGUAGGAGCCACCUAUUAUUGGCAAAUUUACCUACUCAAUUGUUCAAAUGUGUAACUAGUUACACGUUCAAACUGGGACAUUGAUGUUUAUUUAAAUGUCAUCGUGCUUUAUUUGUGCACAAUGACAUUAAAAGGAAUUCUGAUUCUGAUAAAACUGCAGAUUUCCUGUCAACUUCUGGGCUCAGUCUACCGUAAUUCCAAAAUUUAUUUAUUUUUUUUCAGUAAUUAAUAACUUUAAUAUCUGCUUAAACUCCAAUCCUGGAGCUGUUCAUAAUUCCAACCACUUGGAUUUAAAAUCUACAGUUUUAUCUGAAAAAAAAAUCACUCCCCAGCAUGAUGCUGCCACUUCCAUGUUUUACUGUGGGUAUAGUGUAAUGGUUAGCUUAAUUAGACCAUAGCACAUUCAGGGCUUGGAUGUUACUUUGUUUUAUUGACCUACUCCUCAUGACAGAGAAAACGGACAUUUGAUUUAACAUGUUGAACAAAACUCUUCUUGACCAGUUUCACUUUUACGAUUUUAAUAAAAAAUUUUUUGCUUGCUUUCAAUCGGAACUAUUUUAGUCUUCAAAUACUGUACCAUACCACCUUUAUUUAUAGAACACUUUAAAUAUCCGUAAGACCAAAGUGCUGUACACAAUAGGAUCUGCAACAACCUCAUUCUGCAAUAAGCAAUAAAAUCAGAAAACCGUCUUUUUUUAAAUAAAUACAACAGUUAUACUCUCAGUCAAGACAAAAACUAAAUUAAAUAAUUAUAAAAAAAUAAAAGUCAACAUCUCUGAUCGUUUCAAAGGCCAGGGAGAAGAGAUUGGUUUUAAGGAUUUAAAAUCAGACGGCCUGUCCAAAGGAAGGUCAUUCCUUUAUUUAGAGAUGCUGCAGCAAAAUCACGGCCUUCUAUAAGUUUACACGUUGUCUUCAGCACACUCAGGAGGGUGUGUAUUGAUGCAGCAGCUCUGGCAGGUAGAUUAGGUCAAGGUCAUAGACCGUUUUAAAAGCACAAACAUGUUUUGAAAUGGAAUAAAGAGGGCUUUAACAAGGCAGUAGUUGAACAGUUUGCCUUUUUGGGCAACCAGGUUGUUGCAGCUUUUUUAUUGCCCCUGUCAGUACAUUUGUAAGUUGGAUUUCUAAGGCUGGAAAGGAUCAUGUUAAGAAAAAAAAAAUUAUUAAAAUAAAUUUGUAAUAUUACAAAUAACACAAUGAUACGAGAAUAAAGUUGCAAUAAUAUGAGAGUAAAAUCAUAAUGUUGAAGACAAAAUUAUAAUAUUUCAAGUACAAAUUCAAUAUUCCUAAUAUUAUGAGAAUGAAGUCAAAUUAUUACUAAAAUGUGAUAUUAUGACUUUAUUGUCAUGUUAUUUGAUUUUAUUUUCAUACAACUUUAUUCUUGUAAUUUUUUAUUUUAUUAUUGUGGCCUUAAUAAUCCGUCAUGGUAAAGGUUUAAAGGAAAUUGUGAAAUUAUUUAUUGUACGUUUUAUAUCCACUCCAUGUAUUCAUGUACAUCAGUGACA